CGACAGCUCUGCGACACGUCAAUCUGCUGGCUAGCCCGCCAAGGAGGACGGCUAUCGCUUCCAUCCAGCCAUCAUCUACCAGCACAGCGGCUGAUUAUAGCUACAUCGAGAGAUGAACCGUGAGCAAGACGAAGUGCAGGAGUCCCUGAACCCAAAUCCGAUGUCUUCAGCUGAUGCCCCAGCCACCUUCCGUGUAAAGGCGCGCAGGCGCCUCUCCUCGACUCCCAUACAGGAGGUCUUUGACUUUCACCGAACCGCCGUGUCCUGGUUCAGCGAACAGCUCGACCGCGAACAACCGUGGAAAGAUUUCGCGGACACGACCAAGUUUUCCAUUCCAAAGUCGGCCCAAGAGGUCACCAACCGGAUCCGAUCGAACGUGGACCGCUUCCGCUGCAACUACGUCACCAUCUUCUUCGGCAUCCUGGCGUGCUGUGAUAUGUCGAUCGUGGCACUAGUGGCGAGCAUCGUGGCGGUUGGUGCCGUGUGCGCCGUGUUCAAGCUACACCACCGCGGCGAGACUGCGGUCGUGUGGGGCACGAGGCUGGCGCUCACCAAGAGCCACAGGAUGAUCGCCGCCACAUUGGUGGCGAUGCCUCUUCUCUACGCCGCCGACAUCAUGUCCGCCGUUGUGUGCUCCUUCGGUGCCAUCGCCGUGAUUGUCAUGGUCCAUGCCACUUUGUAUGCCAAGCUUGGCUCACCGAGCCGAUAAAGUUACGGGACAUUCCCGAAAGAGAUGAUAUCAGUGUUCAUCUGUGAGUGACAAUUCUGUCUAUUCAGUUCAAGGCAUAUUGUUCGUGACUUUUUUUUUUUCACCAAUGGGUUGGUGGGCGGUUUCUCUCCAUUUUUCUUUCUUUCUACUUUUUACAAUGAACUUGAAGUGCGGCGUGUGUUGAACAGGUGGACAUAUCUACUCAAGUUUUCUCGCAGUGAGCAUUACAUUUUACUCGGUGGACACUAGGAGUUUUCAAAAUACAGGUCCACCAACGAAUCCGGAAGAGUCGCCAGAUACUGCCGAAUGGCCUCGUGCUGUGGCAUACCCAUUGAGAGACUUUUCCAUUUGCACUUUUUUUUUAUGUUUAGACUUGGCACUUGUUGUGGUAUGUGUGAAUGACUGCUAGAUGCUGAAAGAGCGUGAAUAAAAACGUGCCGUGA